UGUUACAGUGCUUAAGAUUCAAGUAUUUUAGCUUCCUUACAGAGUGAUUCGUUUCAAUUCACACCCACAUGUGGCAUUUUGAGAAUUGCAUUGGGUCAUUUAGUGGGUUAGAGAAGAUGAGGAAGACAGUCCAUUGGAUGAUGAAAAAUAGAGCAACAAUGGUCAUAUGGGUUGUUGUAAUAGGUAAGUUGAUUUCAGCUGUAAGUUUGAAUCAAGACCUCAACUUGUACUGGCCAAGCUUUCUUUUAUUCCCUGCAACUCUGAAAAAAUUGCACUUAGAUGUGCAUAUUGCCCCCCAUGACAUCCAAAAUGCUGCCAAGGAUUUUGGCGGCCGCCACCAUUUCCCCCCUGCUGCUGUUGUUUACCCAACAUCUAUCACAGAUAUUCAAAAUGUAGUGAGAUUGGUUUACAUGAUGGGGCCUUAUUCUAAGCUGACUGUGGCAGCCAAAGGCUUUGGUCAUUCAUUAGAGGGCCAAGCUCAGGCUGAAGAUGGGAUUGUGAUAAAUAUGCAGAGCUUCAAGGGCAUCCAAGUGCACAAAGAAUCAGGGAAAUAUACAACACCUUAUGUAGAUGUUAAUGGAGGAGAGUUAUGGAUAGAUGUUCUAAGGGAAACAUUAAAAGCAGGACUUGCCCCAAGGUCCUGGACUGAUUAUUUAUAUCUCACAGUUGGUGGGACGCUCUCUAAUGCUGGAAUAAGUGGACAAGCUUUCCGCCAUGGACCCCAGAUCAACAAUGUUUAUCAUCUGCAAAUAGUUACAGGGAAAGGAGAAAUUAUGAACUGCUCAAAUGAUCAAAACUCAGAGCUUUUUUAUGGGGCUCUUGGCGGACUGGGGCAGUUUGGUAUUAUCACUAAAGCUCGAAUUGCUCUUGAACAAGCUCCAGAAAUGGUGAAAUGGAUUAGAGUUCUGUACUCAGACUUCAGAGCCUUCACAAGAGAUCAAGAAUACCUAAUCUCGAAGCAGGACGGACCCACUUUUGACUACUUGGAAGGGUUUGUCGCUCUGGACAAGGAAGGCCUACUCAACAACUGGAGAGCAUCCCUCUUCACGCCGCAAAAUCCAAUAUCUUUAAGCACCAUAAAUACAAAAGGAAGAGUCUUCUACUACCUUGAGCUCACCAAGAAUUACAACGAGAAGGACAGGACUAACGUUGAAGAGGAAAUAAGGGCGCUUCUGGAACCUCUCAGUUUCAUCCCUUCUUCAGUGUUUACAACCGACCUUCCUUACAUGGACUUCCUCGAUCGAGUCCACGCAGGAGAAAUGAAACUUCGUUCCAAAGGUCUCUGGGAAGUUCCUCAUCCAUGGCUGAACUUAAUGAUACCCAAAAACAAAAUUGCAGCAUUUGACAAGGGAGUAUUCAAAGGCAUACUCCGAAACAAUAGCAAUGGACCCAUAAUUAUAUACCCAAUGAAUCGUAAGAGGUGGGAUGAUAGAAUGUCAGCAGUAACGCCGGAUGAAGAUAUAUUCUAUCUUGUAGCUCUCCUGCAAUCUGCUGUAUCGACCCACAACUUGGAAUACCUGUUAGAACAAAAUGAAAGAAUACUUAGUUUCUGUGAAAAAGCAGGAAUGGGUGCCAAACAAUAUCUUUCUGCCCACAACACUCAGGACAAGUGGAAAAAGCAUUUUGGUUUCAAGUGGAACAAAUUCGUUGAAAACAAGAGAAAAUAUGAUCCACAUACGAUUCUUUCCCCCGGCCAAAGAAUAUUUCGCAAGUCCAAAGCCUUUUCUGUAUUAUAAAAUACGUAUACUAUGACAGCCAUAACCAUAAUCUUUCUUGGAGCAAA